AUGGCUGAUCAACCAAAUCCAUCCUUUGGUUCUGUGCUGACAAAGGAGGACACCAAUGAAAUGUUGGGGAUCACAGGAUUCAGUGAGAGGGAGCAACUGAAGGAAAUCGGUGUUAGUAUGGAAAUGGGGUUGGGGGCAUUGGGACUGAAGGCAGAUAAAUCCCAGGCCCUGAUAAGCUACAUCCCAGAGGAGCUAAGGCUGUGUCUUUCUGAUGAAGACACCGUCGAGCUGGGUGCUGCUGUCACUGCUCUGUCGGUUUCUAAUGGCCUGUGUUUCAACCAUGCAGGAAUUCACAUUAAUCCCGAGUUCAUCAAAGAUUCAAUGAGAUUUUACAGUUCUGAACCGCAGCUGCUGACUGGGAUAAACGCAAAGGACACAAACGCUAUUAACUCAUGGGUGCAGGAAAAAACAGGCGGGAAAAUUAAAACGUUCUUCAAUGAGGUUCCACACAACAUUGUUCUGCUGUUACUGAACGCCAUUCAUUUCAAAGGGUUAUGGCAAGUUCAGUUUGAUCCUCUCGCAACCGCCAGUGAUGUCUUCUACAAGGAGGAUGGGAGUUCUGUCCAGGUGGCGAUGAUGCAGCAUCCCAAAUACCCCCUCAGUAGUUUCCAUGAUGAUGACCUUCAGAUUGAGGUUGCCAGAUUAUCCUUCAAACAGAACAUGAGCUUUAUUGUUGUGAAGCCAAUGGGGACUGGAAAACUCGACAGCAUUGUGUCCAGACUGAACAUCUCGGAUCUACUGGCCCACAAAUUCAAGACUCGUCCAAUGCCAGUCCAGAUCCCAAAACUCAACAUCAACUUUGAUGUCGAACUAAACAAAGCCUUGAAGAACCUUGGCCUGGGCAAACUGUUCUCGAACCCUGACCUGCGCAGGAUCUCACCCAUGCCCCUGAUUGUGUCCAGUAUUCAGCAUAAGGCGAUGAUGGAGCUGAAGGAGGAGGGAGUACAGGCUGCUGCUAGCACAGGCAUUGCUGUCAAUCGCUCCUUCAUGAAGUGUACCAUCAAUCGACCAUUCUUCUUCAUCAUCCGCGAUGACAUCUCUGGAAUCCCCAUCUUCCUUGGGACCAUCAAAGACCCAAAACCACAACUUCAGGCUGGAACCCAGGAGAAAUUGGUGGUGAAUCUUGAGAGAAUGAGGAAGGUAAAAGAGACGAUGAAUCCCAAAUGAGAUCUCAGCUGGGAUCUGUUGGCAGCAUCUGGUGUCACUCUGAUCUGGUGACAUCAGGUUGGAGUUUUUUUUAAACAAAUGAAUAAACAAUAAUUCACACUC